AUGACAACAAUGCCACCAAAGGAAACAAAUAUCCUAAUGGUUAUUGUAAUACUUUUAGCAAGUUUAGGACUCGUGACAGUAAUUGGUGCCUCCAUAUUCAUGAUCUGGUUCCGAAGGCAUCGUCGAAAACACAAUAAAGGGUCUGGUAACGAAGACAUACAGGAAGGUCUCCCUCUUAUGGAAACUAAGAAAAUUAAUGGAGAACUGUCUUUUUACGAGCUCUGGAUGAUGGUGUCAAAAGUAACCAUGUCUAAUAUGGGGAAAUUGAAUGAUACCUUUGAACAGUUAGGUAUCGGGAAACUGAAAGAUGGGUUCACACUCCCCGAGGCUUACAAACAUUUGUGUCAGUGGAAGGCGGGCAAUGAACAUGACGAUAAAUACGACCUAGCGCAGAAAUUGAGUACAGCUUUAGACAAAGCUAAAUACCCUGACGCGUGGAAUGAAAUUCAUGAUGUACGGACAAAUUCGACGAUCAUGGUUUCCGAAAUAAUGCUCAAGCAUAUUUUGUGGCACAUUGAAGAACAAGUGAAAAUCAAUGCCUUUCUCUCGGACCUCAUCCAUUAUCGCCAUCCAACGGACCGUGAAGACAAUGAAAAGAUAUCGGAGCUGAUACCGAAACCAUUGGAAGAAUUGAAGAAGUGGGCCCGUACACAUUUUGAUGAAAACCCAGUUUCAUUACUGAGUUUAGCUCUCGAGAAAGCAGGAUGCACGCCAGUCGACAGAACUUUCUUUUGUGUACCUGAUCAACCCAUAUCAAAUCAGGAGUUACAAUACUUUACCUCAAAGCUGACUCGCAGGCAUUGUCAAAUUUUGGCAAGUGCUCUUGAACUUACCCAUGAGAAGAUCGACACCAUCAGCGAUGAAAACAAUGAACACAUAUUUGACACUCAGUCUAUGAUCGGUGAUUGGCUGAGACAUGAGGAAACCGAGCAGGAGAGGAGUAAAGAAGAUUUAACUGAAGAAACGAGUAGUCUGGAAACUAGCCAUCAUAUUAGCAGGAGAUGUCAACUCGAUCACGCAGUCAUUACUAUCGGACGCUCUGACCUAAAAGGUUAUUUAGUCGGAUAUAGCCCUUACUUAAUGCCGGAGCGCGAGGAAGAAAUUAAACAGGCAUGCGAUAGUGAAAGUACCAAAGAUGCCCUGCCUGCUGACAGUAUUAGUGAUGGCGAAAUACAAAGUAUCACGAAGUAUCUUGAUCGAGAAGAAAUGACAAAAUUAUUCUGCGAUCUUGACGGACAAGACUGUUUCUCUGCAAUCAAAAUUUGGAUGGAGAAAGAACGAGCUACAGAUCGACAAGCAAAUUGCAGAGAAAGGCUUCGAGUAAAGUUGAAACCAAUUGGAAAGGAAGGUCUUGUCCCAUCGGAAAAUAAGGAAGAUUUAUAUUUUGCUGAAGUGGCUGAUAUAGCAUUUCGUCUCUUGAUGACAGACGUGUAUCCACUAGCUAGUGCCAUCGAUUGA